ACGACACACAAUCAACUCAACGCAACGACAAAAGCAGUCUCUUCUUCGAUCAGUGAGGAGAAAAAUCAAUAAUAAAAGUUUUCCCAGCACUUUGCGAAGGAGUGUUUAGUCCGCGGUGGAGAAAAAAGGUGCAAAUUGUGUUUAAUCGGAGUGCAAAUUGGUGAUUUACAUUAGGAACAGCAGCAGCAGGAAGAGGACGACGACGACGAUGGCCGAUAACGAGCAAAAGGCGCUGCAGCUGAUUGCCGAGGCGGAGAAGAAACUCACCUCGUCCAAGGGCUUUCUGGGGUCGCUUUUUGGCAAUAGCUCCAACAAGGUCGAGGAAGCCGUGGACUGCUACCAGCGGGCGGCCAACCUCUUCAAGAUGGCCAAAAAGUGGUCCCAGGCGGGAUCGGCCUUUUGCGAGGCGGCCAGCCUGCACUCCAAGGCCGGAAGCCGCCACGACGCGGCCACCAACUACGUCGAUGCGUCCAACUGCUACAAGAAGACCGACCCGAAUGAGGCUGUCAACUGCCUGCUAAAGUCCAUUGACAUUUACACCGACAUGGGCCGGUUCACGAUGGCUGCCAAGCAUCACCAGAGCAUUGCCGAGAUGUACGAAAAUGAGGCAAAUGAUUUGGCACGCGCCGUUCAACACUACGAGCAGGCCGCCGACUACUUCAAGGGCGAAGAGUCGACCAGUUCGGCCAACAAGUGCAUGCUGAAGGUGGCCCAGUACGCGGCCCAGCUCGAGGACUACGAGAAGGCGAUCCAGAUCUACGAGCAGGUGGCCGGUUCCUGUCUGGAGAGCUCACUGCUCAAGUACAGCGCCAAGGAGUACUUCUUCCGGGCUGCGCUCUGCCAUCUCAGCGUCGAUCUGCUGAACGCCCAGCACGCGCUCGAGAAGUACGCACAACAGUAUCCGGCCUUCCAGGACUCGCGGGAGUACAAGCUGGUCAAGACUCUCUGCGAACAUCUGGAGGAGCAAAACGUGGACGGGUUCACCGACGCGGUCAAGGAUUACGACAGCAUUUCCCGGCUCGACCAGUGGUACACCACAAUCUUGCUCAGAAUCAAAAAGCAAGCCAACGAUAAUCCCGACCUGCGAUAAAUUGCGUUCCGGUUGGCACGAGAUCAGAGGAAGAAAGGAAGGAUGAGAAUACACAAACACGAAAAACUGCAGUGUAGUCGAUCACUUAACCCCCCCAUCUAUCUCUACUAAUUACAACACACAGACAGAAACACACACACAAACUUGUUUGAUUCAUAGAUAUUUGUUAAAAAGAAAACAUAUAACAGAAGAAAGAGUACUCUACUAUUCGAUGGAUGUGUGCGUGCUUAAAAAAAUUCAACAGGAUCGCAAAAAACGUGUUUUGUCCUCGUUUCCAAUAAUAUUAUAUCAACAAUUAUAUACAGAUUAGCGUUAAGUGCAAAGACUUUACCUUGAUAUGAUAUCAUUAACAGAAGUCGGAGCAAUUGUACUGUACAGUUGGUUCAGUUGUUUUCAUAUUGUUUACGGCGGAAACAUUCCGUUUUAGUUGUUGAAUCACUCGAUAAAAAAUCUAACAUGUUAUGGCACUCUCGCUAACCAAGUGUUUUUAUUUGUAUUGUUCGUUACAAUCAGAGCAAAUUCGUGCUUUUAUUUCGACUAUGUUCCUUUUCCAAACAUUGCCCUCUCUUUUUAAAUUUCCUAGUCAGCGACAAGAAAAAUCACACAACUCAAUCGAACUUAUCGGGAAGAGAAAAAAAAGUACAGAAAAUAAUAUGCAAGCGUUACAAUUAUUACUAGCACUCGACUCGGAAAACAAAUCAAUGCUUUGAACCGCAGCUAAAAUAGUGCAAUUUUGCGCCACUGAUGUGUGUGCAGUAAUUUGGAAGAAGAGAAAAAACACUCACAAGCAUAUUCGAGCAUCAGAAGAAAAAAAAACUAGUUAUUCAUCAGUACUAAGUAUAGCAAAAAAUGAACCGACAGAAAACUACCCACUCUAUGGAGGAAUAAUUAAAAACAAAAAAAUAAUGAAAUAACAAUUUAUCUUUAGCUACUAUAGUAAAAAAAGUAAACUAAUUUUAAUAGACAGCGACUCAAUUUUGAACAUAAAGAAAACCCUACGUUGUUGCAGAACUUUCGUCAGCAUCGCGCUGACCGCGGUGGAAUAGUAAAUUAUGUCAAAACAAAAAAUACAACUACUAAACGAAUGAAAACAAAAAUCUACCAUAACGAACAGACAAUUCCAACAUUUAAACUACACCAACGCCAGACUUGCAU